CCCCACAGAACUCUGCGUCCCAGGGACUGUGGAAGAGGUUGGGGCGGAGCCUGGAGUGGGGCUUGGGAAGCUGCUGUCACUUUUAUGAGUCCGCAGCCCACAGUGAGAGUAUCUCUGCUGCCAGACGACCGCGGAGGCUGGGCGCAGGGCCCCCGCCUCUCGCUCACCGCGCGGCAGCCGCGGCGGCGGCAGCGGAGCCUCGCCCACUCCAAUCCGCACCCUCUCCAUCCUUAGCUGUUAGAGAACAGCAGCACCUGGCACGUUCCUAGAGGACCCAGGGAGCAGAAAGCGAAAGGGAGCUGGCGCGGGGGGACUGCACAGGCAGCAUGCGCCCGCCGGGAGCAGCCUCGGCGCCCAAGGUCUGAGGCUGCAGCCCCCGUUCGCCAUUGUGAGCCGCCGAGGGAGCCAGCCGGCGCCACCGUUCCCCCGUGUCCCCGUCCACGCCGCGAUGGGGCACCUGCCCGCGAGGACGCGCGGCGGCCGCCGCCUCCUGCCUCUGCUCUGGCUCUUUGUGCUGCUCAAGAAUGCUACAACAUUCCAUGUAACUGUCCGAGAUGAUAAUAGCAUCGCUGUCUCUUUAGAAGCUUCAGAUGUCAUGAGUCCAUCAUCCGUGUAUGUGGUGAAGAUAACUGGUGAAUCAAAAAAUUACUUCUUCGAAUUUGAGGAAUUCAACAAUACUUUGCCUCCUCCCGUUAUCUUUCAGGCCAGUUAUCACGGCCUGUAUUAUGUCAUCACUCUGGUAGUGGUAAAUGGAAAUGUGGUUACCAAGCCAUCACGAUCAAUCACUGUGUUAACAAAACCUCUUCCCGUAACCAGUGUUUCAAUAUAUGACUAUAAACCUUCUCCUGAAACAGGAGUCCUGUUUGAAAUUCAUUAUCCAGAAAAAUAUAACGUUUUCACAAGAGUAAACAUAAGCUACUGGGAAGGUAAAGACUUCCGGACAAUGUUAUAUAAAGAUUUCUUUAAGGGAAAAACAGUAUUUAAUCACUGGCUGCCAGGAAUAUGUUAUAGUAAUAUCACCUUUCAGCUGGUAUCUGAGGCAACUUUUAAUAAAAGCACUCUUGUGGAGUACAGCGGUGUCAGUCAUGAACCCAAACAGCACAGAACUGUCCCCUAUCCUCCUCAAAAUAUCUCAGUUCGUAUAGUAAACUUGAACAAAAACAACUGGGAAGAACAGAGUGGCAGUUUCCCAGAGGAAUCGUUCAUGAGAUCACAAGAUACAAUGGGAAAAGACAAACUCUUCCAUUUUACUGAUGACACUGCUGAAAUUCCCUCUGGCAACAUUUCUUCUGGUUGGCCUGAUUUUAACAUCAGUGACUAUGAGACCACAUCCCAACCAUAUUGGUGGGACAGUGCAUCUGCGACUCCUGAAAGCGAAGAUGAAUUUGUCAGUGUUCUUCCCGUGGAAUAUGAAAAUAACAACACACUCAGUGAGACUGAGAAAUCGACGACCAGCUCUUUCUCUUUUUUCCCUGUCCAAAUGAUACUGAGUUGGUUACCACCAAAACCACCCACUGCAUUUGAUGGGUUCCAUAUCCACAUGGAAAGAGAAGAAAACUUUACUGAAUAUUUGACAGUGGACGAAGAGGCCCACGAAUUUGUUGCAGAACUGAAGGAGCCUGGGAAAUAUAAGUUAUCUGUUACAACCUUCAGUUCCUCAGGAUCUUGUGAAAUUCGAAACAGCGAGUCAGCAAAAUCACUCAGUUUUUAUAUCAGUCCUUCAGGAGAGUGGAUCGAAGAACUCACUGAGAAGCCCCAGCAUGUGAGUGUCCACGUUCUAAGCUCAACCACUGCCUUGAUGUCCUGGACGUCUUCCCAAGAAAACUACAACAGCACCAUCGUGUCUGUGGUGUCACUCACCUGCCAGAAACAAAAGGAGAGCCAGAGGCUAGAAAAGCAGUACUGUACUCAGGUGAACUCAAGCAAAUCUAUUAUUGAAAAUCUGGUUCCUGGUGCCCAGUACCAGGUUGUGAUGUACCUAAGAAAAGGCCCUUUGAUUGGACCACCUUCAGACCCUGUGACAUUUGCUAUUGUUCCCACUGGAAUAAAGGAUUUAAUGCUCUAUCCCUUGGGUCCUACAGCAGUGGUUUUGAGCUGGACCAGACCUUAUUUAGGAGUGUUCAGAAAAUAUGUGGUUGAAAUGUUUUAUUUCAACCCUACAACAAUGACAUCAGAAUGGACAACUUACUAUGAAAUAGCAGCGACUGUCUCCUUGACUGCAUCCGUGAGGAUAGCUCAUCUGUUGCCAGCAUGGUACUACAACUUUCGAGUUACCAUGGUAACAUGGGGAGACCCGGAACUGAGCUGCUGUGACAGUUCCACCAUAAGCUUCAUAACAGCCCCAGUUGCUCCAGAAAUCACUUCUGUGGAAUAUUUCAACAGUCUGUUAUAUAUCAGUUGGACAUACGGGGAUGACACGACUGACCUCUCGCAUUCUAGAAUGCUCCACUGGAUGGUUGUUGCAGAAGGAAAGAAGAAAAUUAAAAAGAGUGUAACGCGCAAUGUCAUGACCACAAUUCUCAGCCUGCCUCCGGGAGAUAUCUACAAUAUCUCCGUAACUGCUUGCACUGAAAGAGGAAGUAAUACCUCCAUGCUCCACCUCGUCAAGCUAGAACCAGCUCCUCCAAAAUCACUCUUUGCGGUGAAUAAAACCCAGACCUCGGUGACUUUGCUGUGGGUGGAAGAGGGAGUAGCUGAUUUCUUCGAAGUCUUCUGUCAACAAGUUGGCUCCAGUCAGGAUAUAAAACUCCAGGAACCGGUUUCUGUUUCUUCUCAUGUCGUGACCAUCUCCAGCCUCCUUCCUGCCACUGCCUACAACUGUAGUGUCACCAGCUUUAGUCAUGACAGCCCCAGUGUCCCUAUAUUCAUAGCCGUCUCAACAAUGGUUACAGAGAUGAAUCCCAACGUGGUGGUCAUCUCCGUGCUGGCCAUCCUUAGCACACUGUUGAUUGGAUUACUGCUCAUUACCCUUAUCAUUCUUAGGAAAAAGCAUCUGCAGAUGGCAAGGGAGUGUGGAGCAGGGACUUUUGUCAAUUUUGCAUCCUUAGAGCGGGAUGGAAAGCUUCCAUACAACUGGCGUAGGAGUAUAUUUGCUUUCUUAACCCUGCUACCCUCAUGUCUUUGGACUGAUUAUCUUUUGGCAUUUUAUAUUAAUCCUUGGAGUAAAAAUGGUUUAAAAAAGAGGAAACUGACUAACCCAGUGCAACUGGAUGACUUUGACGCCUACAUCAAGGAUAUGGCCAAAGACUCUGACUAUAAAUUUUCUCUUCAAUUUGAGGAGUUGAAGUUGAUUGGACUGGAUAUUCCACACUUCGCUGCAGACCUUCCACUGAACCGAUGUAAAAAUCGCUACACAAACAUCCUACCAUAUGACUUUAGCCGAGUGAGAUUAAUCUCCAUGAAUGAAGAGGAAGGUGCAGACUACAUCAAUGCCAACUACAUUCCUGGAUACAACUCACCCCAGGAGUAUGUUGCCACACAGGGGCCUCUGCCUGAAACCAGAAAUGACUUUUGGAAGAUGGUCCUACAACAGAAGUCUCAGAUUAUUGUCAUGCUCACUCAGUGUAAUGAGAAAAGGCGGGUGAAAUGUGACCAUUACUGGCCAUUCACGGAAGAACCCAUAGCUUAUGGAGACAUCACAGUGGAGAUGAUCUCAGAAGAAGGGCAGGAUGCCUGGGCCUGUAGACACUUCCGGAUCAACUAUGCUGACGAGAUGCAGGAUGUGAUGCAUUUUAACUACACUGCGUGGCCUGAUCACGGGGUGCCCACGGCCAAUGCUGCAGAAAGCAUCCUGCAGUUCGUACACAUGGUCCGACGGCAAGCGACCAAGAGCAAAGGCCCCAUGAUCGUGCACUGCAGUGCUGGAGUCGGUCGGACAGGAACAUUCAUUGCCCUGGACAGGCUCUUGCAGCACAUUCGGGAUCAUGAGUUUGUGGACAUCCUAGGGCUGGUGUCAGAAAUGCGGUCAUACCGGAUGUCUAUGGUACAGACCGAGGAGCAGUACAUUUUUAUCCAUCAGUGUGUGCAACUGAUGUGGAUGAAGAAGAAGCAGCAGUUCUGCAUCAGUGACGUCAUCUAUGAGAAUGUCAGCAAGUCUUAGUUCAGAAUCUAGACCAGACAGGACAUGAUGUGAACCCAUCCUCCCUUGCUUCCAAGAGUUUUUUGGAGGGGCUCUACUAGCCAUUUGCUAAAAAGAGCCCUGCUUUGCAGAACGUGGCCAAGAUAAUUUAUCUCAUAGAAGCAGCGGGAAGACUUAGCCUUAAAGAGCCUACAGUGUCUUUCGGACUCUCACUUCUGGACAUUCAAUAAUGGACCAAAUUCAACCGGACACCAGAAAGGUCCAGACGCUCUGCAAAGGGCAGGAAGCACAACACUUCUGAAGAGUUUCGCUGGCCCUUUGCUGGUUGGGCUGAGUUUUUUGCUGUUGUUUUUAAGUGCAAUAAUUUUUGUACGUGUGUGAUUUUAUCAGAACGUUGAACUGUUUUCUGCCCGUACUAUUGAUCAAGCUCGUAACCCAAGAAGGAUCAGGCAUAGUUGGUGUCAAAUUAUACCUCACUGUUAAAAAGAGGCAUGCCCACACAUGAAAAAAUGGCAAUUCUGCUUCAAGGAAAUUGAACCAGUGCUAUCUAUAAUCCAACAUAAGCUUACUGGAUCAGGAAUGGGGAGGGUGGAUCGGGGGAGAGAGAAAGGUUCUUCCCACAGAUCAACUGCGUAUCUUUUCCAAAUAUGAAGAGCUGUAAUUCAGCUUCAAAGUAGAGUAGAAAAACUAUUUAAGUCUUAAUUGUUCUAGUUCUUGAUGUUUUUUUCUUAUUAACGGUUCAGUGUUUCUUCCUUGGCCCUCUUGGACUAAUGUCACUGUCCAGGUUCCUUUUCAACAAACUAGAUCUGGUUCAGAAGACUUUGAAGUCUCACUCUUUAGACUCCACUGCUGUCUGAGCAAUCUUGGUGCCUAGAGUUUGCGUUCCUCUUUCUGUUGACCUGCAUACACGUAAAAGCUAUUUCUUUGCGAACUGUAGGCUGUGAACACGCACUUUCCUUCCCCCAAAGAGCUGGGAAUUUAUGAAGUUGUGGCAAUGAACUGCAGCAUGCUAGGACAAUGAUUUGCCUACAUUUUGGGGGGGGUAAUAUUGUCAAGCACCUCUAUGGAUUCUGACAGAGAUAACUUUCUGUUUUGUUUUCUUUGGGGUUGUCAGUUUCAUUUUAACCUGUGUAACUAGCAGCAACCUAUUCUUUGCAUUUUGUAUAACUGCAGUACAUAAUUGUGUCUUGUGACAUGAACACUGUCAGAAUGGACACAGAUGGCAUCCUGAAGCCUGUUACUUUGUGUCGCUUCCUGAGAAUGAAGAGGUGACGGAUAUACAAAGGAAAACAUUUUGAGUUGAAAGUAAACACAAGCUUGCUGCUUCGCUGGAGCAGUUGGCUGUCCUGAGCCUUCCUGUGUGUGUUUCAGGAGGCUGUGUCCCCCUCUCUGUGCAUCCGCCCCUCGCCCUGGAUCCCCGCUUUCCUGCGCAUCUCCAUGAAGCCAUGCACGCAGUUUCACAUUUUAUCAGUGACCUUUGUAAAGGUAAAGGAUGCCAAGUGAACAGCUCUGCACCCCACUGUCUCUUGUCACCAAGGCCUGGCCACAGCGGAGCCUGGCACAGUUCUUUGCAAGACCUGGCCAGGCAGGGAGUCUCAGGUUCUCCUCGUGGGGAGGGGGGAGGAACGGCAGAGGCUGUCCAGACCCCACAGGUUAACAGCUUGGACUCCCUGGGUGUUGUCAGCUUUGACUCGCCCCCACCUCUUCCUCCCCUUCUCACCUCCCUGCUGCCACCUUCUCUUCUCACUCCCACCCCUUUAAGUCCCUUCUUGGACAUGUUAAUAAUGUACCACUCCAUUCCCAGGAGUACAUGUGGCUAAAGAAAAGUAGCAAGUGUAUGUGUGACUUCCUUAGGUUUUCGCACACGGACAGGUCAGGAGUGAAGUAAGCAACGUUGGGUGAGCUGAUAAGACACCUGCUGGUGCAGGUGCAUUUCCCAUGUUCACAGACUGGAACUUUACUUCCCUGAAACUUAAAGCACUUUGUAAAUAUUUUAUGAUUUUCUUGAGCACCCCUUCCAGGUAGGAAUCAAAUAGUCCCAGAUCAGUUUUCCCAAAAGAGAAGAUGAAGUAUCCAGAGUUAGACGGAAGCCUCAGAGUUUAGAUGACAGAAAAGUCACACCGGGAACUUAACCAGAUCCUUCCUUCAGGGGUCUCCACAGCCGUCACUCUGUACAUCACUGGUACACCGGUGCUCCUGAAGUGUACAGUUUAUGAUGGGAAAAGCAUCUAUCUGUCUGAAGACUUGGGUUUCAAUCCCAAUAGAUGACUUUGAGAUGUAUCUGUCCUAAGUCUCCGUUGAUGAACUGUAGAAUUACCUACUAAAAGCACCAUAUUUCACAGGUGUAAAGGGUAUCAGAUCUGCUAAUUCACACAAAGGUGUUUUGUAUUUUAUUCUUUCACGUACCCUAGGGGCCCCUCAAACCAGCUUAAUUUUCACUCCAGGAUUUAACUCUAAGAAUUCAGACAGGAGGCAGCUAGGGCCUCUGUGUUUUAAUUACAGUGUUGCUUGUAAUCAUCUGUGAAGUUCUACAGUGCACUGAACAUAGAGGCACUAGCACAGGCAUUCACAGUAGCCUACAUGGUGCACAGAAAGAGCUGAAGAUUUCGGAAUAACAGAAUAUUUCACUUUGAGCGCUGCUGAGAUCAAAUUCCUUGGCUGCAAAAGCCAAUUUCUGAAGUUAAUUGAGAAACUACCAUUAGACUCUAAUUUAUACAUUUAAUAUCUAACACUAAUACAUCCAUACCUAUACAUUCAUUAUAUGGCUUUAUUUAACUUGAAAAGGAAGGAAAGGGAUGGAUGGCAACCUUUUCGGGGGGACAGUGUUCUAAUUCGGGGUCGACAAUUUUCCACUACAAAGUCAACACUGCCCCCCAAAUUUAAAAUUAGAAAAAUUAGUAAGGUUUUUUUUUUUUCAAUUCUUAUAAAAUCUUUAAUCAGAUU